GGCGGUGGUCGGGAGGUUCCCGUGGGGCGCUAGGCUCUCCCGCGAGCGCGGGCGUCGGAAGCGGCGGAGGUGGCAGCGUCUGCCCUGGGAUGGCCUUCCUUGCACGCCCGCGUUUGUAUCUAAAUCGCAGGGGACCGUCUCUUCCUCAGCUUGCCGGCGCGAGGAGCCGGAGCCUCGAGUUAGGGCCACACGGGGGAAUUUGGGGCGGGUUGACUUUUCCCGCAACAUAUUUUGUCAGAGACCUUGGAAAAAGCCCUACUGCUGGCGCCUUUUAGUUUCCUCAGAUGAUAACGUUCCCAACUCCGCUCGAAGCAUCCAGGCUUAAUCCUCUCCAGCAGAAUGGUGCUGACUAACUCAGAUGUCUGAGAUCCGCAGCUGUGUCAAUAAUAGGACUUUCUGGCAAACUUGUGAACGUAGGCUCGAAAUUGUUUUUCUGGACGCUUGAAUAUCAGUAUAUUCAGCUGAAAACAUGUGAUUUUGUUGCCAGUUUAUCAGUUCCUACCUGGCCUCCCGAGGUCAGUCCUUCAGGACUGACGCUGCAACUCCAACUCCCAUGUUUCUUUUUAAAUCACAAAGGAAAAUAUCUUUUAAAAAUCAGGAUACACUGAUUAAUUAUGUUAGUAACUAAUUGGCGUUUCUGUUUCAUCAAAAAGUUUGGAAGCUUUAAAUAGUUUUAGCCUCUAAUUUUACAAUAAAGUGAAGCUCAAAGCUGGGAAUUUGACCAGAUGAGGGCUACAAGCCCAUCCAUUCCUCUUCCCUCUUCAUCUUUCCCAACCUGUCACCCUGGCUCAUUUAUGUCUCUGUAUAGUUGUAGGCUUUCAUCAUUAUACAGAGAAAAUAACAAGGUUCUUUUUCCUUGAUAUCUCAUUUCUGCUCUGCCAACAAGAACACCAUGCACCCCCAGCUCUAAAGAAGGAAGACUUUCGAGCCCCCUUGUCAGCGGAGCUAUAAGGUGAACUGCAGGAAGAUCCCAGCCCUAUACACAUGGGGCAGAGCCAGCAGAGGCCAGAGCUGUUGCUCUGUGCAGACCACGAGAGGAUGUCUCCCAGCCUUCAGGAAGGCGCUCAGCUUGGGGAAAGCAAACCCUCAACUUGCUCCUUUUCAAUUGAGAGAAUCUUAGGACUGGACCAGAAGAAAGACUGUGUUCCAUUAAUGAAACCCCACAGGCCCUGGGCAGACACCUGCAGCUCCUCAGGGAAAGAUGGUAACUUAUGUCUACAUGUCCCAAAUCCUCCCAGUGGGAUUUCAUUCCCUAGUAUGGUGGAUCACCCAAUGCCAGAAGAAAGAGCUUCGAAAUAUGAAAAUUACUUUUCAGCCUCAGAAAGACUGUCUUUGAAAAGAGAGUUGAGUUGGUAUAGAGGCCGAAGACCAAGAACUGCUUUUACUCAAAACCAGAUUGAAGUGUUAGAAAAUGUCUUUAGAGUAAACUGCUAUCCUGGUAUUGAUAUUAGAGAAGACUUAGCUCGAAAAUUGAAUCUAGAGGAAGACAGAAUCCAGAUUUGGUUUCAAAAUCGGCGUGCAAAACUGAAAAGGUCCCAUAGAGAAUCACAGUUUCUAAUGGCGAAAAAAAAUUUCAACACAAAUCUCCUGGAAUAGAUAGAAAACUAAACAAGUGAAAUUAUCUUCUAAUUGCAGAGCGUGAAGAAUCAGUGGAAAUAUUAAGUGUUAAAAUGUGAUGUUUUCUUUCCUGCAUUUAAUCUGAAUAUUGUCAUUUUUUCUGAAAAUAUAUUGUAAAUAAUUACUAUUAUAGCAUGGUACAUAUUAUAUUUGGGCACUUUUAGUUAUAGUAAAGACCUUUUCUAUAUAUUUUAAUAAACAUUUUCAGAAAAGGUUGCUAUUUUUAAGUGAGCCAAAUUAAUCUAAUAAAUUAGUUUGUUAAAAUCAA